UCGAGGCACCCUUUGUAAGUGCAUGGACGCCUAUGGCAUCUGACGGGACAAGCCCUGUUGUUAUACCCCACACAUUAGGGGAAGUUCCCGCAAAAGUUGAUGUCCAAGUAAAGGUAACAUAUAAUGGAAUAGAAUAUAUGUUUCCUGGGAUGGGGUCUGCGCCUAGGGACGACGAUUUGGCCGCUGAUUACGGAGGAGUUGGAUACCUGUAUAAUGAAUUGGAAGUAAAGGUAUACGUACCUGUGGCAACAAAUUCAGGAAAUGGACCAGGCUGGGCGAUAACAACAGGCGGUGCAUUGUAUGCAGGUCCUUUUGUUGGAUCAUUUACAAGCUGUGACGUCAGAGUGAGAGCAUGGAAACUGUCGUACUGGCCUACUCCGAAUUUUGUCGGAUCAGCACCCAUUUCAAAAUCUUCACCAUAUGCUGAUGUACCACAUGGUCUCGGAGUUUACCCGGAUUUUGUGACUGUUCAGCUAACACUGUCAGAUGGAUAUGUGUCGGAAGCCCAAGGAACGACUACGACGACGUCUGAUCAUAGUACGAAGUGGGUCAACUCCUGUGGGACAAUAUUUGGUGUCACUGACUCCUCGGUCACUCUCUGGGCGGCUGCUGGAGCAGAUGACUUUGUCGCUUGCUUCAAAGAUGGCUGGGGUACAGAGGAUGUAUCGUAUAGUUCAGCAAGCGUAGACAUAAGAGCCUGGGUACUUACCCCUUCAGAGGUCAUACAAAAUGAUGUGUAUCCAUAUACACAAAGUGUGACGUCAUUGCCAACGGAACUACAACUCACCUCUUUAUUUCAUAGCGACUUUCAUAUUGUUAUUGUGGAGACAAAAGACAAUUCCGUCGCCCACGGUCGUGCUUUUUACGGUGCUGGGUCUGCCAGCCAAGGAGAGUUGAAUGAAGCAUUUGGAGGGACUGUGUAUGGAUACAGCCAAUCACAGGCCGUUUUAUGGACUUCUGAUGUGUCCUAUGGGAAACCAAUUUACGUCGACGGUAUAUGGGGUGGUGGUACAGACCCUCUUCAAGUGUCUGAUGUUCUUAUAACUAUCAGAGUAAUUGCAACUGGAGCUCUUAUAAUUCCUGUAGUCGCAUGUCCUCCUCCACCGUCUAUUGCCGAUGGUUAUUAUGAUUUGAGUAACGACACAGUCCAGUAUUUCUGUAAUGAGGGUUUUUCAGCCAACCAAACAAAGAGUAUAUUUAAUUGUAACAACACCAUUUGGGAGAACAUCACAUUUUCUUGCGAAGUGAUGUUGUGUCAGGAACCGAUCACCAUUUCUAACGCUGUACAUGUAUCUAAUGGAUAUCAGAACGGAAGUCAGACUUUGUAUUCUUGCAUACAGGGAUACGCUGGAAAUAUUGGAAACAGGAUAACAACCUGUGAUGGAACACACUGGUCAAACACAACCUUGACUUGUGAAAACAUAAUAUCGAAGUCUUGUGGACUUCCACCUUAUAUAAAGGAUGCGUUCCUGGAAAUAGAAAACGAUACUGUUACUUAUCACUGUCGUGAAGGCCAUAUUGCGAACCAAACAAUGAACACAGCACACUGCAUCAACGGACAGUGGACACAACUCUCAUUGGGAUGCAUAAAUACAAAUUGUGGCACUCCGCCCAUAAUACCAAACACUUUGAGACUUAGCAACGGGUUCAACAACGAGAGUGUGACAUUAUACUCUUGCAACUCAGGAUUUUCCUCAAACGGUGAAGAUCCAACAAUAUUCUGCAAUGGAACUCAUUGGUCGAUUACCCAGUUUAAUUGUUUAGGUAACACCUGUACCUUGAAAAAGUUUACCCUUCAUUCUCUUUUUAUGCUGUCAUAUAAGGGUAUACAGUGUACUUUGGAUUAA